GAGGCGCUCCGGUCCGUGCCAGUUGUUAUUUGCAUCACUUGCAAAAGGAACAUUUCUUUGCUGAAGCUGUAUGGAAUUUACAGCUUUCAUACUUUCCAAGCCUUUUCAUCAAAUACACGAGCUGACACAGAUGGUGUACGCGGCUUCUUGCUGGUCUGUGGCCCUGGAGGAUUUUUAGCCUUAUUGGUGACUUGCUGCGGUUGUCAUAUUCUGUUCUGCUGGCUCCAAGAAAAAGUAGAAUGUGCAACUUCGUGGAAUAGCCAAAUGUAUUCUUCUCCUGCGGAUUCACGUGAAGUUAAAAGAGGACUAUCAUUUAUAUAUUCCUUGAUCCAUCGAUUGAAGUCGACCAGUUUGGUCCUAUAAGGAAAGAGGACCAUUUCUCUUCUAAAAACAGAUCAAAUCGCUUCAAAGACUAACCAUUCUCUAGAUGUUCUCAGUUGGAUAUACCUUUCACCUUAACUUCUGCGCAACUUUCUUCACUUAGAAAUGGAGUGACUCUCACUUUAAGCCAUUUCUGCUCCCCUUUCGUGAUGUGGAUGGUCAUGGUCAGAUUUAGUUUUGAGCCCACAACCCACUGUGUUCCAUGAAGAGGUUUGGCAGUCUAAGAAGGAGCAAGAAACGGAAGGAGCAAGAUGGGUUAGGAGGGAGGCAUCAGUCCGAGGCAUCAUGUCUUUCUGCCUCUGGACUCUCCACACCACCCACCACCCCGACCCAGGUGUCCAGCCAACCUGUGUUCACCCAGGAGGCCCAGCCGAGCGGGCCCAGCCCUGAACGCUUGGAGCCGAGCUCCAGAUCCCGCUCCCUCACCACACCUCCAGACACAGGACAGCGUCUCAGCCUCCCCUCUGCUAAACCCCCCAUCCCUUCCUCAAGCCCUGUGCCAUCUUACUCUACCUCACAUCAAGUCUACGGUCUAUUCGAAGGCAUGCUGGAGAAACUUGAACUAGAUGAUGAUGCUGCUGAACCUGAGAGUGAUAUUUACAUGCGCUUUAUGAAAUCCCACAAGUGCUACGACAUCGUCCCAACAAGCUCGAAGCUGGUUGUGUUCGACACAGCACUCCAAGUUAAGAAAGCAUUCUUUGCCUUGGUUGCAAAUGGUGUGCGAGCUGCCCCACUGUGGGACACAGAGAAACAAAGUUUUGUGGGAAUGCUGACAAUCACAGAUUUCAUCAUCAUACUACACAGAUACUAUAAGUCACCAAUGGUGCAAAUUUAUGAAUUAGAGGAGCAUAAGCUUGAGACAUGGAGAGAGGUUUACCUUCAAGCCACAUUCAAACCUCUGGUCAACAUAUCACCUGAUGCAAGCCUAUUUGAUGCAGUGUACACCCUCAUCAAAAACAAAAUUCACCGGCUGCCUGUCAUUGACCCAGUCACAGGGAAUGCACUUUAUAUUCUCACACACAAGAGGAUCCUCAAGUUCCUCCAGCUCUUUAUGUGUGAAAUGCCAAAGCCAGCUUUCAUGAAGCAGACUCUCGGGGAGCUUGGCAUUGGAACGUACCAUGACAUUGCUUUCAUCCACCCGGACACGCCCAUCAUCAAAGCACUCAACAUCUUUGUGGAGAGACGAGUGUCUGCUUUGCCAGUGGUGGAUGACUCGGGCAAAGUUGUGGAUAUUUACUCCAAGUUUGAUGUCAUUAACUUGGCUGCUGAGAAGGCAUACAACAACCUGGACAUUACAGUGACACAGGCUCUGAAACAUCGCUCUCAGUACUUCGAAGGAGUCGUGAAGUGCCAUAAAAUGGAAACAAUGGAGACCAUUGUGGACAGAAUAGUCAAAGCCGAAGUGCACCGGUUGGUGGUGGUGGACGAGCGCUCCAGCAUAGAGGGUAUCGUCUCCCUGUCGGACAUCCUCCAGACCCUGGUACUCAGCCCUUCAGAUGCCUGUAAGGAGGAGAACCUGACUGGGUGAGAGGGAGGAAGCGUCAGCAGAAGUGGAGAAGUGAUGGGAGUAAAUAAGUUUGAAGGUUGAGGUAGGGAACGUGAGGCUGAGUGGAGCCAGUCUGAAGGUCCCAGAGACACCUGCAACUGAUGCACUAUAGAGGCUUGGAAACCAAAGAAAGCUAGACAGCUGAGUGAAGUGGAGUCCCUGCACUGAGGAUUGAUUUUCUGAAUUUUUUUUUGUUGUUGUUUGAACACUGAUUAAAUGCACACACAUACAUUAUACUGUAUAUA